AUGGAAGGACUAUCAGGCCCCGGUCCAUAAAACCAGCGAGAACAUCCGGAUAUAUUUAUAAACAUGUUAAAUCAAGAGGGAAAUCUCAGUUCUUUGCGGAAAAUCAAAAAGCAGUCAAACCCUAUGCCAGGAGACCUAAUUAAUAUUAAGAAAUUAAGUCAGCUGUACAAUGAUAUCCUCCAACCACUUACCUUGUUUCCUACUCCAGUUCGUUCACUAGAUGAGCAGAAAGAUGCUGCCAUCACACAAGCUCCAGACAAGAAUGCCCACAAGGAAGUGGUUGAUGAAAGUAUUUGCAGAGAUGAUGCCUACAUGUGCGCACUUUCACCAUUCAUGGAGGAUCUUUCAAAAAUGUCAGCAAACACUGUGCGUGACCUGGUUAAACGGAGGCUGCAUAAAAUAUCUGCACUCAAUAUUGGUUUGACGGAAGUGCAGAAAGCAUUUGAGGAAAUUAUCCUUGGCGAAGUGAUAACUACAUGUGAUAAUAUCCCUCAUGUCUUAUGCAGCACAUUACUAACUGCUCAGGAAAAGCAGAAACUACACCGACGACUCAUCAGCCACAUCUUGAUUGUUUCAGAGCAACUAUUUAUUUAUUAUUUGAAAAAAAUGGAGUGGAAUAAAACCCAGUCUGUUUUCUCAGAAGAAGCCAAUCUAACACGGUUGAAAGCACAGCUAUUACUUGAUUGCUCCAAAUUCUUUAAUCUGAUUUCAGCCCAACAUUACUUGAUCGCUGAAAUAAAAGAAUUGGAAGGACAAGACUUAACACAGCGAGAAACUGAAGAAAUAUUGCCCAAUAAAUCUAAUUUUCCUGAACAUACAAACAAGAAAAGCACUUACUAUGGAAGCAUCAACCCACAUUUCACCAUGGCCUACUUUGUAAGGCUUGGCAGACCUAAAAAGAGCCCUCAAAAACUACAGAAAGAUAUAGACUUAAUGCAGUUUGAAAACAUACCACAACUGGAUUUAAAGAAAGUUCAAACAUUGAUUCCAAGGCGAAAGGAUGAAAGCACAUUUCCCCAAACUAUGCAAUGUGAUGCAAUAAGAACUCCUUGCCCAAACAUUCAUUCGGAAGACCAGAAAAUAAAAGAAAAAAGCAGUCCCAGAAAAUAUGUAACGUUAAAGAAAUGGCCCUCGUGUCCUAAUCUGAUGAUCAGUGACCUGGUAAAGGAAUUAUGUGUUUCCAUAAAACAAUAUUCUUCUGAAUGCCCAGAGAUUCUGAGCUGGGCAGGCACAGUAAAGACUGAAGAGCAUACAUUGUCUCAGGAUCUCAAAAGGCUGGUAGAAGAUUCAUCUUUGCAGAAACCAUCUAUGGUAGGAGAUCCAUAUUGUGAUGAAGAGAUACCUCCAUUAAUACGAGCCUUACCUCACGGAAUAGGUGAUAAAGUCAAACUUCACAAAAUGCAGGAGUUACUAAAGGAUUUGGACCACUCCCAGGAGCAGUGUCAAAAAGGACAGGAGACAAAAGCAAGUCCACACCCACAGGCUUCUUCUGUGGAUAUCCUACUCCCAAAGAAACCAUUACUCAGGAGGGCUGAUGCUCAGCCAUCUGACAGAAUCUACACAAACACAACUGACAUCGCAAAAUAUCCACCUGUGUACAACCACUUCUCAAAUGAGAUUGAAGCUGCUUCAGUGACCAGGCUGGAUAGAAACCUAUUUGUUGGAAAGGAACUCAAAGAAGUUUAUAGUGAACUUACUAAAAAUAUUUCAACUGAUCACCUGAAGUUUGACCAGGACUCAAUCAUUGAGCCAUAUGCUACAAAGUUGGAUUUCUCAAAAUGUGUAGCCUCAUCCACAUUAACCAGGAAUAAAAACCAACGCGUGAUCAACAAAGAGCUGGAUUCGGUUGCAUUGAAUGACAAGUCUGAUAGUGCAGAUCAAUAUAUACCAAUGGAUAAAGAAGCCUCUCGAUACUGUAACUCAUGGCUUACUUGGUGGAAGUCAUUAGUGAAUUUUGAUGACUACAUGAAAUACAUAUCUACAAAGGACCUAGAUUACUUGAAAGUGAUAUAUCACUUAUACAACAGUGAUUCUGAGGAUGAGGAACAAGCUAAAUUGGCUUUAAAGAAGAUGGAAGAAGAGCUGAAAAGAGAAAGAGACAAAAAGAUUGCUGAUCUUAGAGCUGAGAAACAAAAUUAUAUGCCUGGCAUGUGGAAUAUUAACAGCGUAAUGCUCGGAGGUCUUGGAUCUGAUCCUAGCUUACAAGGUAAAACACAUAAUGAAAUUCUACAGAAAAAAAUAAAUGCCAUAUGGAAAGCACUUCAUGUUCCGGAAGCACUGAGACUUGACAUGGCGAUUAAAUACAGCUCAGCUGAAUACCAAGAUUGUCUUCCACAGGCAAUUGAAAUGUGGGAAAAAGCAGUAAAUAUCAUCCAGAAGAGGGAAGAAAUUUUAGCAGAACUAGAGCAGUUUGAGAGAGAAGCUUCUGAUCCCAACAGAUUCUUUCAGAGAGGAUACAAUGGGACUUCAAUGGCCAGAAUGAAAGAGUCCAGAAUAAGGAAAAAACUUCACACCCAAUUAACAGAGAUUGAACAUGAAAUACUGGAACUUUUGCAAGUUAUCAAGAAAUCAUUUAAUGAUACCGUCACCUUUAAAGGUAGACCUUAUGUUGAGAAAAUACAGAGAGAUAAAAUAGAGAUGCUUUACUGGUUACAACAGGAUCGGCGUAAAGAUGUUAUGGAAAAAAACCUUGAAAAACAGCAUGCACUUUUAAAACUGUAA